AUGCUGUCCGGAAGACCAGUCAUCAAGAGACACUUGGCUACCCAAAUCUCCAAGAAUUUGGUCCAGAUACCUAAAGAAUUCCAGUCACGUGCCGUGCCAUAUGCCAAGCUUAUCAGCAAGCUGGAACAAGUCAAGGCGAUCACCAACAACACGCCACUGACAUUGGCCGAGAAGAUCCUAUACUCACAUUUGUGUGACCCUGAGGAGUCUUUAACGUCAUCUAACCUACAUGAUAUCCGCGGCUUGGAGUACUUGAAGCUGAACCCUGAUCGUGUGGCCAUGCAAGAUGCCUCGGCACAAAUGGCUAUGCUUCAAUUUAUGACGACUGGCUUGCCGCAAACCUCGGUUCCUGCUUCGAUUCACUGUGACCAUUUGAUUGUCGGGAAAGACGGUGAGUCCAAGGAUCUCCCUUCUUCUAUUACCACCAAUAAAGAAGUAUUCGACUUCUUGCAAAGUUGCGCGGACAAGUAUGGUAUUCAAUUCUGGGGCCCAGGGUCUGGUAUCAUUCAUCAAAUUGUUUUAGAAAACUUUUCCCUGCCAGGGCUCAUGAUGCUUGGUACUGACUCUCACACUCCCAACGCCGGUGGUCUUGGUUCUAUCGCCAUCGGUGUAGGUGGUGCUGAUGCUGUUGACGCCUUAACUGGUACUCCGUGGGAAUUAAAGGCCCCAAAAAUUUUAGGUGUCAAACUCACCGGUAAGCUGCACGACUGGACCUCUCCUAAAGACGUCAUCACGAAGCUUGCAGGUGUCCUUACCGUCAGAGGCGGUACCGGUUACAUCGUCGAGUACUUCGGUGAAGGCGUGGAAUCUUUAUCUUGCACCGGUAUGGCCACGAUCUGUAACAUGGGUGCUGAAAUCGGCGCCACCACUUCCACCUUCCCAUACCAAGAGGCCCACGGUCGUUACUUGAAAGCUACUGGCAGAGGCAUUCUUGCAGAUGCUGCUGAAGCAGCUUUGAAUAAUUACAACUUCUUGAAAGCUGAUCAAGGUGCUCAGUACGACAAAGUGGUUGAAAUUAAUUUAAGCGAACUGGAGCCUCAUGUUAACGGUCCCUUUACUCCCGAUUUGUCCACUCCUAUCUCUGAGUUUGGAUCUAAAACUUUGAAGGAAAACUGGCCUCAAAAGAUUUCCGCGGGUUUAAUCGGUUCUUGCACUAACUCUUCUUACCAAGAUAUGAGUCGUGCUGUUCACCUAGUAAAUCAAGCCUCUAAAGCUGGUUUGAAACCCCGCAUCCCAUUUUUUGUUACUCCUGGCUCUGAGCAAAUUAGAGCUACCCUCGAAAGAGAUGGCAUCAUCAAAACGUUCAAAGAUAAUGGCGCAACUGUGUUGGCUAAUGCAUGUGGUCCAUGUAUUGGCCAGUGGGAUAGACAAGACGUCCCAAAGACCUCCAAAGAAACCAAUUCGAUUUUCACAUCUUUCAACCGUAACUUUAGAGCCAGAAACGAUGGCAAUAGAAAUACCAUGAAUUUUUUGACAUCCCCGGAAAUGGUCACUGCCAUGAUUUAUUCGGGUGACGCCCAGUUUAAUCCUAUCACGGACUCUAUAAAGCUGGAUGACGGCUCUGACUUUAAAUUUGUACCUCCACAAGGUCUCGAACUUCCAGAGGACGGAUUUCUGUUAGGUCGAAAAGAAUUUUACCCUCCAGUAGACCCUACCCCGGACUCAUCUGUUGAAAUAAAGGUUUCACCAACGUCGGACCGUUUACAAUUGCUCGAACCAUUCAAGCCCUGGAGUGGUGAGGAACUAAAAACUAACGUCUUGAUGAAAGUUGAAGGUAAAUGUACUACCGAUCAUAUCUCCGCUGCUGGUGUUUGGCUGAAAUAUAAAGGACAUUUGGAAAACAUUUCUUAUAACACUCUAAUUGGAGCUCAAAACAAAGAAACAGGAGAGGUGAACAAAGCAUACGAUUUUGAUGGCACCGCUUAUGGCAUCCCAGAAUUGAUGAUGAAGUGGAAGCAGGACAAAAUACCUUGGACUGUGGUAGCAGAACAUAAUUACGGUGAAGGUUCUGCUAGAGAACACGCUGCUUUGUCCCCAAAGUUCUUGGGUGGUCAAAUAAUUUUGGUCAAAUCUUUCGCGAGAAUCCACGAAACAAAUUUGAAAAAGCAAGGUGUGUUACCGUUGACUUUUGCCGAAGAAGCUGACUAUGAUCGUAUAUCCUCUGGUGAUGCAUUAGAAACUUUGAGUCUUGUCGAUAUGGUUGCAAAGGAUGGAGCAAACGGCGGAGAGCUGGACGUAAAAAUUACCAAGCCAUCUGGCGAAUCAUUUACCAUCAAAGCCAAGCACACGAUGUCGAAGGACCAAAUAGCCUUUUUUAAAGCUGGUUCAGCAAUUAAUCACAUCGGUGAAACAAGUCGCGCGUAA